AUGGACGCGGCAUCGAUGCUGGAGGUGUACCGCCGCGUCCGGCGCAGGCUCCUCGGCUUCCUCCUCUCCGCCGGUGGCGGGGGCGGCCGCGCCCUCGAUCUCUCCCGCGUCGACCUCGACGCCGUCAGCGCCGACUACGCGCUCGAGUGCGUCGCCUCCGGCGCCCAUUUUAAUGCUUCGGAGGCCACGAGGAGGUACUUCGACGAGAGGAGGUACCCUAUCAUGAUUGGGUCGCCAUCAGGGAACUCUUAUUUUCUUCUUUCGAGGCCACGGCCAUCUGAUUCCCCUCCAAAUGAAGCGGCACCUAGCAUUGGGCCACAGGCACCUGUACAAGACAGCUCAAGUUCAGCAGGACAACCAACUGAACCAAGAGAUUUCUUCAGAGAUGCUAUUAAUGCCUCAGGAAUAGGAUAUGGCACGAAUGAAGAUAACUUGGCAGAUAUUUCUCCUCAGAAAAAAGAUUGCGUGGGCAAUGGCAGAAAAGACAGGCAAGCACUUAUAAUCGUUUCUAUCUGCAGUAUGCCAGACUGGGUUGUAAGUGUUCCUGAGGGCCGUGUCGAGGUCUUGACUAUCAUUGAAAGAUACAACGCAAAACUUUGUGCGCUGACAAAGAAGUUUGACAUUAAAGAUGAGACCUACCAUUGGACCCAUAACUAUCAUUUUAAUUUUAGGCUAUAUGAGAAAUUACUUUGCAGUGUGUUUGAUAUUCUUGAAGAUGGGCAACUUGUAGAGGAGGCUGAUGAGAUACUGGAAACAGCAAAGCUGACCUGGCCUAUGUUGGGCGUUACUGAGAAGUUGCACCACAUCUUCUAUGCUUGGGUGCUUUUCCAGAAGGUCUUUUUACUGCUAUAA